AUGGCCGAGGCCAGGAAGCGGCGGGAGCUGCUUCCCCUGAUCUACCAGCAUCUGCUGCAGGCGGGCUUUGUGCGCGCGGCGCGGGAAGUGAAGGAGCAGAGCGGCCAGAAAAGUUUCCUGACUCAGCCUGUAACCCUUCUGGACAUCUAUACACACUGGCAACAAACCUCAGAGAUUGGCCAGAAGCGGAAGGCAGAGGAAGAUGCAGCCCUGCAGGCCAAGAAGACCCGUGUGUCAGACCCCAUUAGCAGCUCAGAGAGCUCAGAAGAGGAGGAGGAGGCGGCGCAGGAGGCAGAAGCAGGAACCACCAAAGCCAUCCCGGCACUAGCAUCUACCAACUCCUCAGCCACGGGGAUGGUUUUGCCUUCAAGUGUGAAAGAAAAAGCCAAGGCAAAGACCAAGAAAACCAGCAAGACGGUGAACUCCACGGCACACCCUGCCUCCGGGAAGGCAGUGGCCCACCUCCUCACCAGGAGGUCACCCCAGAAGGCGGCAGGGCCCUCGGCAAAUACCAUCCUGGUCUCAGAAACUGAGGAGGAGGGCGGUGUCUCGGCCCUCAGAACCGCCGCCAAGCCUGGAAUGGCGGUCGCCAGCCAGGCCGCCAGCUCCAGCGAAGACACCUCCGGCUCGAGCGAUGAGACGGACGUGGAGGUGAAACCUGCAGUAAAACCACCACAGGUCAAAGCCUCAGCAGCUGCGGCCAAGGCGUCUCCAAGGAGAAGGGCAGCCCCGACCCCAGGGAAGGCAGGAUGUGUGACACCUCAAGUCAGAGGGGGUGCCGUGACCCCAGCCAGCAGGGCCAAGAAGCCAGAAGAGGUCUCAGAGAGCAGCGAGGAGUCCGAGAGUGAGGAGGGGGCCCCUGCGGGGACACCCAGCCAGGUGAAGGCCUCCCAGAAAACUGUCCAGGUCAGAGCUGCCUCGGGUCCUGCCAAGGGGACCCCUGGGAAAGGGGCCACCCCAGUACCCCCUGGGAAGGCAGGGAGGCCAGAGGAGGACUCUGAGAGCAGCAGCGAGGAAUCAGACAGCGAGGAGGAGAUGCCAGCUGCCCAGACCCUGCUGCAGGCAAAGCCCUCAGGGAAGCUCCCCCAGGUCAGAGCCACCGCAGCAGCACCUGCCCAGGUGCUUUCCCCUGGGAAAGGGGCCCCUCCAGCACCCCGUGGCAAGGCAGAGCCUGCAGCCAUCCAGGCGCAGACCAGGGGGCAGGAGGAGGACUCAGAGAGCAGCAGCGAGGAGUCAGACAGCGAGGGGGAGGCGUCCACAGCCGUGCCCCACACCACGAGCCUGGCUCAGGCAAAGCCCUUGGGGAAAAACUCCCAGGUCAGAGCUGCCUCAGCCACAAGCACGGGGCCCUCAGCGAAGAGCGCUGUCCCAGCGCUUCCUCAGAAGGCAAGGGCUGUAGCCACCCAGGUGGCAAAGUGGGAGGAGGACUCGGAGAGCUGCAGCGAGGAGGAGUCAGACAGCGAGGGGGAGGCGCUGAGAACAGCGGCCUUGGCCCAGGCAAAGUCCUCGGGGAAAGUCCUGCAGGUCAAACCUGCCUCAGGUCCCACCCAGGGCCCCCCUCAGAAGGCCGGGCCUGCAGCCACCCAGACCAAAAGGUCCAAGGAAGACUCGGAGAGCAGUGAGGAGGAGUCAGACAGUGAGGACGAGGCCCCCACAGCCAAGACUCCAGCCCAGGCAAAAUCAGCUGUGAAAACUUCUCAGACCAAGGUCUCCCCGAGGAAGGGCACCCCCGUUGCACCUGCAUCUGCCAAGGUCCCACCAGUGCAAGUAAGCGCACCAGCGCCCCGGAAAGCAGGAACGGUGACUUCGCCAGCCUGCACAUCGUCCCCAGCCGUGGUCAGGGGCACCCAGAGGCCAGAGGAGGACUCUUCAAGCAGUGAGGAGCCGGAGAGCGAGGAGGAGACAGCCCCUGCCGCAUCUGUGGGACAGGGGAAGUCUGGAGGGAAAAGCCUCCCAGUGAAAGCUGCCUCGGCACCCACCAAGGGGCCCUCAGGGCAACGGACCACCCCAGGGCUCCCUGGGAAGGCAGGGCCUACCGUGGCCCAGGUCAAAGCUGAGGUGCAAGAAGACUCAGAGAGCAGUGAGGAGGAGUCGGACAAUGAGGAGGCGGCCUCAGCUGCAGCACAGGUGAAGACCUCAGUGAAAACCCCUCAGACCAAAGCCAACCCAGCUGCCACCAGAGUGGCUUCAGCCAAAGGGGCAGCAUCAGCUCCUGGAAAAGGGGUUUCUGCAGCUGCUCAAGCCAAACUGGGGUCCCCAGCCAAGGUAAAGCCACCAGCAAGAGCCCCCCAGAGCAGUGCCAUCUCGGGCAGGAGCCAGGUGUCUGUGCCGGCUAUGGGGAAGGCACUGGCUGCAGCAGCCCAGGCCCAGCUGGGGCCGGUCAGGGGCCCACAGGAGGACUCGGAGAGCAGUGAGGAGGAGUCGGACAGUGAGGGGGAGGCGCCCGCUCAGGCGAAGCCCUCAGGGAAGACCCCCCAGGUCAGAGCUGCCUCAGCCUCCACCAAGGGGUCCCCCAGGAAAGGGGCUGCCCCAGCACCCGCUGGGAAGGCAGGAGCCCCAGCUGCCCAGGCCGGGAAGCGGGAAGAGGACUCGGAGAGCAGCAGCGAGGAGGAGUCAGACAGUGACGGGGAGACGCCAGCAGUUGUGCCCCCAGCCCAGGUGAUUAAAACCCCUCUGAUUUUUGUCGACCCUAAUCGUAGUCCAGCUGGCCCAGCUGCUACCCCCGCCCAAACCCAGGCUACAAGCACCCCGAGGAAGGCCCAGGCCUCAGAGAGCACACCCAGGAGCUCCUCUGAGAGUGAGGAUGAGGACGUGAUCCCCGCUACGCAGUGCUCGACUCCUGCCAUUAGGACCAGCGUGGCAACUGUGCCCACGGCCCACCCCAGGGCAGCCCUCAGAGCCAGCAUGGUGGGGACCGGCAGCAGUGAGGACACCAGUCGAGUGUCUGAAGGCAAAAAACAGGAGACGCCAGCCACUCAGGUGACAAAGAGGAACCCAGCUCACCUCCCGCUGACCCAGGCUGCCCUGAAGGUCCUUGCCCAGAAAGCCAGUGAGGCCCAGCCUCCUGCUGCCAGGACCCUGUCUUCAAGUGGGACCGACAGUGCUCGGGGAACAGUGCCCAUGACGAGUCCCCAGAGCACCCCCGCGCAGGCCAGAGGGGCCAACAAGCUCAGAAAGCCUGAGGUUCCUGCAACCCAGCGGGCCAUAGCCACUCCCUCGGGACGCCCCAAGGCCAAGGCCUCUGGGACCUCAGAUGACAGCAAGGACAGCCGUGGCAGCUCUUCAGGGAGUGAAGAAGAUGCUGAGGGGCCCCAGGUGGCCCCACUGACCCACAGGCCAGGUCCAGCCCCCUCCAGGAGGGAGACCUUGGUGGAAGAGACCACAGCAGACUCCAGCGAUGAUGAGGUGGUGGCACCUUCCCAGUCUCUCCUCUCAGGUUAUGUGACCCCUGGGCUGACUCCGGCCAGUUCCCAGGCUUCAAAGGCCACUCCCAAGCCAGACCCCAACCCCUCGGUUUCCUCUACUCCGGCCACCAGAGAUGCCCCAGACGGCAAGCAGGAAGUGGAGCCCCAACAAGCAGCAGGCACCAUGUCCCCUAAAACAGGCAGAAGAGAGGCCAGCGCCACACCUCAGAAGCCCCAGAAGACCGGGAAGGGGCCCAGGAGCCCCCAGGCCUCCCUGCAGGCGCUGCAGAGCGACAUCACCCGGCGCCUGCUGAGCGAGCCCUGGCCCCUGAGUGAGGCGCAGGUGCAGGCGUCGGUGGCGAAGGUGUUGGCGGAGCUGCUGGAGCAGAAGAAGAAGGCCGUGGGUGCUGCCAAGGAGGGCAGCCGGAAGGGCCGCCUGGGCAACAAGCGGAAGCUCUCCGAAGACCAGACGGCCGCCGGUGCCCCCAGGAGCAAGAAGAAGAAGCAGCUGGCGGCCGGGGAUGGCGGGGAGCGUGCGGUCUCCCCAGAAAAGGCCCCCAGGACUUCUAAGGGGAAAUCCAAGCGGGACAAAGCGAGCGGCGACGUCAAGGAGAAGAGGGAGAAGGAGUCUCCCGGCUCCCAAGGGGCCAAGGAGAAGGUGGAGGGUGAGGGGGGCGGAGACCAAGGCAACCCAAAGAGCAGGAAGGAGAAGAAGAAAGCCGACAGGAGAAAAAAAGACAAGGAAAAAAAAGAAAAGAAGAAGAAAGCCAAAAAGGCCUCAACCAAAGACCCUGACUCACCAUUGCAGAAGAAAAAGAAGAAAAAGAAGAAGACGGCAGAGCAGACUGUCUGA